GGAGAUUCUACAGUCAUCAAAUAAAGUUGUAAUUUGAGUCUUCAAUGUGAGUGCAAGAGAAAGGCUGUUUUUUUGGAAAUGAUUCCAUAAAACCAGGAAUGAAGGCAAUGUCCUUGCAUAAUAUGUAUUCGCUUCAGAGGAGGCUGAAAAGGAAACUGCCAUAUGUCCUGAUAGUACUUUUCCUUAUUUUUGGGUAUUUUGGAGGAUUUUUCUCAGACUUGAUUAGUUCUGCUGAAAGAGAUCCAUUUGCGGAGCUAUCUUCAAGUACUUUAAAGAAGAUUUUAAACUUAGAGAGAGAGAAUCAAAGACUUAGAUCUGCAUUAAAAAGGUUUAACAUUGCAGAAGAUGAAUAUUUUGAUAAUACAUUAUCAGUUAUUUAUGUUAUCACGCCAACGUAUACAAGACCUCAGCAAAAAGCUGAACUAACCAGAUUGAAGAAUAUUUUCCUACAUAUACCAUCUCUUCAUUGGAUAGUUGUAGAAGAUGCAGAAGAAAAAUCUAUGUUAGUAUCCCAGUUUUUGAAGUUAUCAGGACUGCCAUACACACAUCUGAAUCAGCCAACCCCAGAAGAAUGGAAGUUACAGAAGAAUGACCCCAACUGGCGCAAACCACGUGGCGUCUUACAGAGAAAUCUCGGAAUACAUUGGCUUCGAAGAAAAUUCACUGCAGGAAAUAUCCGGAAGGGUGUUGUAUAUUUUGCUGAUGAUGACAACACAUAUAGCAUUGAAUUGUUUAAUGAGAUGAGAGAUACAAAAACAGUUUCAGUAUGGCCAGUUGGUCUUGUAGGUGGUGUCAUGGUAGAGCGACCUCAAGUUUCAUUGGUUGAUUAUCAAAGUAGAUACGAAGUUUCUGGUUGGCUGACUGGUUGGAGACCUGAUCGUCCAUUUGCUACAGAUAUGGCUGGCUUUGCUAUAAACUUAAAUCUGCUGGUGACAAAUCCUGAUGCAGAGUUUUCAUUAAAAUCUAAGAGGGGUUUUAUGGAGUCAGACUUCCUGGAAAAAAUAACUACUCUAUCUGAGUUAGAGCCUAAAGCUGAUCUGUGUACAAAGAGGGCUAGAGUUAGGACUGCCUUGACUCCUGGAACCUGAUGAGUGUUAUGACGAGGUAGCUGAGGGUCAGUGGUGUAUGUCUGGCACACACAAACACUGAAACCCGACUUGAAAGAUGAAGAACGACUAAGGCAAGCUGGAAGAUCUACAGAUGUUGGCAUUGAAGUUUAGAUCUUUUGUUUUAUGAUUUACUACUGUAAUUAAUAUUGUGUAUUCAUAAUUUUUAGAAAAUAUAAAUGAAUAAAAACAAUUAAAGCCCCAA